UCUUGUCGAUUUGUAUUUAGGUUGGUUGCCUCCAUUGCCAACAGAAACUACCCUCUGGAUAAUGUUAUUUGAUGAAUAGACUUAGUUUAUAGAGCCUGCUCGCGAUACGGAAUAUAUUAACGUGUUGUUAGUCUAAUAUUAUUGGGAAGUUAUGUUUGUUGUGAUGUUGAGGAUCGCGCGUAACUACUGGAUACAAUUUGACAAGACAUUUAACGCUAACGUUAGCAGCUAGCUCGGGCUAGUUGUCCUUGCUGCCUGUUUGUUUCGCCAAGUUCUGUUGCAGCCACAUUAGUUCGCUACGGAACCGCACUUCAUCUGAUAGAGUAGUUUUAACAACUCUUUGCGACGCCAGAGAACUUCAGAGAAUGCUGGCGACGGGAGCAGCCGUUACUAAUGUGACAGCUCUGGCCCAGGUGGACCGGGAGAAGAUCUACCAAUGGAUCAAUGAGUUGUCCAGUCCGGAGACCAGAGAAAAUGCCUUGCUGGAGCUGAGCAAGAAACGGGAGUCGGUGCCGGACCUGGCCCCCAUGCUCUGGCACUCCUGUGGCACCAUCGCGGCCCUGUUGCAGGAAAUAGUGAACAUCUAUCCAUCUAUUAACCCACCUACGCUCACAGCUCACCAGUCUAACAGAGUAUGCAACGCCCUGGCACUACUGCAAUGUGUCGCCUCGCACCCAGAGACCAGAUCGGCCUUUCUUGCUGCCCACAUCCCUCUUUUCCUUUACCCCUUUCUGCACACUGUGAGCAAAACCCGUCCGUUUGAGUACCUGCGGCUUACCAGCCUCGGCGUCAUAGGUAAACCUGACUCCUGCUUAUCUAUUUUAUUUCUGGAACGAUGGUUCUUUGCAUUAAUCUGGUGUCAGCGUGAAUCAAGCGGUCUUUCUGUGUACCCGGCAGGUGCCCUCGUCAAAACCGACGAACAAGAAGUGAUUAACUUCCUCCUCACCACUGAAAUCAUCCCUCUGUGUCUCCGCAUCAUGGAAUCGGGCAGUGAGCUCUCCAAGACGGUUGCUACUUUCAUACUGCAGAAGAUUUUGUUGGAUGACACAGGGCUGGCCUAUAUAUGUCAGACGUAUGAGCGCUUCUCCCACGUGGCCAUGAUCCUUGGAAAAAUGGUGCUCCAGCUUUCUAAAGAACCUUCAGCUCGCCUGUUGAAGCACGUUGUCCGCUGCUACCUUCGCCUCUCAGACAAUCUCAGAGCCAGAGAGGCCCUGCGUCAGUGUCUGCCGGACCAGCUGAAGGACAGCACCUUCGCCCAGGUGCUGAAGGACGACACCACCACCAAGCGCUGGCUGGCACAGCUGGUGAAGAACCUGCAGGAGGGCCAGGUCACCGACGCUAGGGGCAUCCCACUGGCUCCGCAGUGACACCGCUGACCCAGGAGGACUCUCAUCACGGUCCAGAUUUUGUAUUUUUUGCCCAAUGAGGCAGUAAGGGACGAAGGGAAGGACAUAAUGGAGAAAGAUUUGCGUUUGGAGCACACCAGUUGUUGUUGUUGUUGUUGUUUAUUUUUCUUCUGCCAGUAUGUCACAUCCACACAAGGUCCCUUGUUCACAGCUGAAAAUCUGUUUUUUAAGCGCCUGACUGACUCAAAGCCUAUACUGAUGUUUGAGUAAAAUUAAAACCAAUAAUGAUAUAUUGGCUUGUAUUUGUCUCUGACAUUGAUUUGCAAAACGGAAGAUAUGUCAGAGUGAUAUUUUACUGUUUAAUAAAAUACCUCACUAUCAAAUCAAUAAAGUAAUUAACGUGUGUUAAAGGAGAAACAUUCAUCUGACUGGAAAUGAGGUGGAGCUAAAAUGUACGUUAACAUGCAGCCUGUAAAACCUUGAUUGCUGCAUUUUACCACAAGGUAAUUUGUUUAAAUCUGGAUGUCUGUCAUCACUUCUGAUGUAUUGAUCACUACUAUUGGUUAACAUCAGCUAUAACAACGUCUCGGUCAGCUCUCGCCUUACUUUACAUUCUGUAACAUUCCACUUCAGAGUAGGAACUGUUUUUCUUUUCUUUUUUUUGCUUCUUGAAUUUCAAAUAAGACUUUUGAAUCUUC